AUGGAUCUCAGUAGCCAUGGCCGGAAACUUUUUUCUCCAAUCCCAACUCCUCCUUCAUUCUCUAUCUCGCCGCCGCAAUCCGCCCGCGCCACCUUCCUUAUCACGGCCACCGUGGUAGUUCUGGCGACGUCUAUGCUUCUAAUCAGCCUCUACGUGAUCAAGUGCUACACAAAUUGCCAGAGAAUCAGCCGUUUACGGCGGUUUUCCAGAAGGAGCGGCGGCGCCGAUGAGGUUUUUGUGGUCAGCUCGCCGGAAAUUGUGAACGGAGGAGGACUGGACCGAUCGCUGAUCGAAUCGAUUCCGACUUAUGAAUUUAAGAGAGCAGGAGAGAGGAAUUCUUCGUGCGAGUGCGAGUGCGCUGUGUGCUUGAACGAAUUUCAGGAAGGGGAGAAGCUGAGAGUUAUUCCGCACUGCGGCCAUGGCUUCCACAUCGAUUGCAUUGAUGUUUGGCUUAUUAACAACGCCAAUUGUCCCCUCUGCCGGAACUGCAUUUCCUCGUCGGCGAUUUUCUCAAACCCCGGCGGUUCUGGCUAUUUCACGGCCGGGAGUAAUGAAGACGAUUGCGUUGUUAUUGAGCUUGAUGAGGAUCGUACGGUUACGAAUCAAUAUCGUCUCUCGAUCAGCCCGUCUCCUACGGCAAGAAAAAAUCCGAGAAAAUCGAGGCGAGUUUUCAGCGUUGGAGAUGAGUGCAUUGACAUUAGGGAAAAGGAUGAGCGGUUUGCGGUUCAACCGAUGAGGAGAUCUUUCUCGAUGGACUCGGCGGCGGACCGGCGGGUUUAUUUGACGGUUCAGAAGGCGGUUCAGCAGCAUAAACGCCGGGAUGAGAUUAUAAGCUCCGACGAAAGUAGUAGCAGUAGCAGAAUUAACAAGAAAUCGUUUUUUUCUUUCGGGUAUGGACGAGGAUCCAAAAAUUCAGUUCAAAGUGCAGGUUCAUUUGGAACCUUGACGUCAUAAUUUAUUUGAGUUUUCAGUGAUUAUCAUUUAUGUUCUGUACUCUGAUCUGACGUUUGCGUUUUCUGAAACUCAAAUUAUAUAAUUCCUGGCAAUUCCCAAAAUGGAAAAAAAACAUGAAGACACGCACGGGACACUGACACUGUGCAUUGAACGUGAAUCUUCUUUCUGUGUCUCAGUACAUGGAUAAGAUAUCACAAUCUUCAA